GGGCGGGGCUUGGUUGCUAGGGCUGAGCCCUUCGGGAGCCGCGGGAGACUCGGACAGACUCGCUGGUUGCUAGGGCGGGAGGUCAGAGAGCGCGACUCGGGGAUUGGGUGGCUUCAAGGGAGGUGGGCGGGGACUGGGCGGUGCCGGGAGGCCCCGGGCUGCGGCGAGGGCGCGCGAGCUCGAGUUCUGGUGCGAGGCCUGCGCUGAGGGCCCGCGCUUCACCAUGGCCUCGGCUGAGCUGGACUACACCAUCGAGAUCCCGGAUCAGCCCUGCGGGAGUCAGGAGAACGGGCCCAGUCGAUGCGGGAAGGAGGCCGGGACCCGGCAGCCUUUGGUGAUUCUCUUGGGCUGGGGAGGCUGCACGGACAAGAACCUUGCCAAGUACAGCGCCAUCUACCACAAGAGGGGCUGCAUCGUGAUCCGCUGCACUGCCCCCUGGCAUAUGGUCUUCUUCUCCGAGCCCCUGGGCAUCCCUUCACUGCGCGUUUUGGCCCAGAAGCUCCUGGAGCUGCUCUUCACCCACGAGGUGGACCAGGAGCCGCUGCUCUUCCACGUCUUCAGCAACGCCGGCGUCAUGCUGUACCGCCACGUGCUGGAGCUCCUGCACACCUGCCGGCGCUUCUGCCACCUGCGCGUGGUGGGCACCAUCUUCGACAGCGGGCCCGGUGACAGCAACCUGGUGGGGGCGCUGCGGGCCCUGGCAGCCGUCCUGCAGCGCCGGCCGGCCGCGCUGCGCCUGCUCUUGCUGGGGGCCUUUGCCCUGGUGGCCGUCCUGUUCCACGUCCUGCUGGCUCCACUCACCGCCCUCUUCUACACCCACUUCUACGACAGGCUCCUCCACGCCGCCUCCCGCUGGCCCGAGCUCUACCUCUACUCGCGGGCCGACCGGGUGGUCCUGGCCAAGGAUGUGGAGCGCAUGGUGCAGGCCCGCCUGGCACAGCGGGUCUGGGUGCGUUCCGUGGACUUCGAGUCGUCGGCCCACGUCAGCCACCUCCGCGACUUCCCCGCGCACUACACCAGCCUCUGCGUCAGCUUCAUGCGCAGCUGCAUCCGUGGCGGGGGGCCUGGUUCGCCCCCCUCGCCUCAGCUCCAGGACUGCGUGCCCAGCCCCUCCCCGUGACCAGCAGCCAGGGCGGGGGUGGGGGGUGCCCAUUCCGGCUUGGGGCCCCUCCCGCCCUUUAGAACCUCACGGUCCUAGAGGGUUCACGGGGCCUCUGUUCUGGGCGACUGUGGUUGUCAGGGGACCCCUGGCCCCUAGAGGGCGGCAGUGCCUGAGUAUCUGGGGGGCUCCGCCCACUGCCAGGCUGUUGAUUCCUGGGUCUGGAAGGGGUUAAUAGGGGGGGUGUUGGGGACGUGCUCAGGGGGGUCACUGGCUUUGGAACAGAGGGUGAGCUUCUUGGACAGGUGCCCAAAGGUAGGGGUGAUCCACAGGAAAGCCCCCCAACAGGAAGUCCUUCCCUGUGAACCCUCAGUGGGGAUCCCCCAAACUCUGCCCACCUGCUCGCCAGUGCAGAGUCUGAGAAGCUAAAAGGGGAGCUGAGGAGGCAGAGCUGGGGCCUGCCCGUCAUUUUGCCAGGAACCAGCCGAUGGAGGCAGGAAAACUGCCAGGUGGGAGGAACGAUGGGGAGCAGGGAUCAGGAAGGCAGCAGCGUGCUGUGGGCCCCGGGCAGCCGGGGGGCAUCCUGGGCACAGCAUCAGGAGUCACAACUUCUGGUCUUCCUCAAGGAGACUGCACGCGCUUGGAAGGCAGGAGGCGGCUUUGGUCACUUGCUGUCGCACUCGGUAUUCAAUAAAAUCAGACGG